AUGACUAGCAAAAUACCUGCGUUUUCGGUAAUUCUUCUAUUAAUCUUAAAAAAUUCCAUUUAUUUGCGCGCCGAAGAUGAUAAGCCGCCUUACAAGGUUGUCUUAGACAAAUUGGUUAAGGAAAAGGAGGCAGAACAUAUUGUAAAAACCGAUCUGACUUUCGAUAAGGUGGACAGCGAAGUAUUAGUUAACGGCCAAAUGGAGCAACUGGUAGAUUUGGAUAAUAACUACAAGUCUCUUAUUAUCAUUCAUCAUGCCGAUGAACCCGAGGGUGAAUAUAAGAAAAUUAUGACUCUACCUAAGAAGGGCAUAUGCGAGUUGAUGCAAAAGCAGUAUAAGAACUACUUCUACGAAUCACUUAAGGAACACGCAAAUGCCCCCGAUCCUGAUGCAUGUCCUAUUGUGAAGGAGACUUAUGUUAUUAAAGACUACCCUUUAGAUUCUAGUAAAAUGCAGAAAUUCUUACGUCCCGGCUAUUAUCGAAUCGAGGGCUUUCUAUACCACAACGAUCAAGAUGUCCUUAAGUAUUCUAUAUACGCUCACGUCGAUGAAACGUAA